GGAUAAGAUGGCGCCCAAUCUAAUUAUAAUUCAAUUGUGUAAUUUUUUUUAUUAAAUCCGUUUUGCGUAACAAACCGUAGGAAACUCACAUCCGUUUCGUUUAUCAACCACAUCUCCCACUAAAUAGUUAUAAAUAAAAUAGGCGAAGUGUUUAGUUUUCUUUUUGGUGAUUUUUGAAUCGGAAUAAGAUCGUGUGUCGCGGUCCAUUGCUAACAUCAUAGUAAAUAAUUAAUUAUCGGGAGGUCAGUCGAAGUUUAGUAGUCGGAAUAGUUCGGAUUGUCGGGGUCGUUGUUUAAGGGGUCUUAAGCGAGCCGUUAAAGGCAGUAGCCAUCGCAAAAUCACCACCACCAUCUUCAUCAUCAUCAUAAUCGUCGUACCGAAUAAUAAUAACCAUUACGAGUCGUCGUCGUCGUCGUCGCCGCGCCGCCGUUCGAUGCCAAUGAAAUGAUAGACACUUGACGUUUCGAAUUCGAGUCCGUAACGUUCAAGUUCGUUUAGUUUAAAAGGCAUCUCAAAUGAGUUCCAAAUUGGACGUAAAUAGAAGAGUACUGGCGAUACAGGCUAAGAAAAAACGUCACAAGCCCGGUAAGAAAAAAGGAAAAAACGACGAAUUAAACGGUCAGUUAAACACCGGCACAAAUCGGAACAAUUCCCGUUUGGAGCCCUCGCACAGUUCGAGCAAUGAAACUAUUGCAGAUCCGGAUGAACCGUACUCAAGCGAAGAAGAGGAACAAGAAGAUAGCAGCGAUUAUCGGAAGGGCGGUUAUCAUCCGGUAAAAAUUGGUGAUCUUUUCUUAGGCAGGUAUCAUGUAACCAGGAAACUAGGAUGGGGUCAUUUUUCCACGGUGUGGCUGUGCUGGGAUUUGGAACAAAAACGAUUUGUUGCAUUAAAAAUCGUUAAAAGUGCUCAGCAUUUUAAGGAGACUGCCCUCGAUGAGAUUAAGAUCUUAAAGUCCGUUAGAGAUUCUGACCCGUCCGACCCUAAACGCAACAAAACAGUACAGUUGCUAAACGACUUCAAAAUUAGUGGUGUCAAUGGGGUUCACGUCUGUAUGGUCUUUGAGGUUCUUGGUCAUAACCUAUUAAAACUAAUCAUCAAAUCAAAUUAUCGUGGAAUUCCUCGACCCAACGUACGCACGAUUAUCCGGCAAGUACUUGAAGGUCUCGAUUAUCUCCACGCAAAAUGUAAGAUAAUUCACACGGACAUCAAACCGGAAAACGUUUUAAUUUGCGUAACCGAGGAAUACAUUAGAAGACUGGCUUGCGAGGCGGCUGAAAUGCACCAGCUCGGUAUGAAACUGCCCACAUCUUUAGUAAGCACCGCGCCCGUCCAAGAGGUUCAAGGUUCCACCAAAAUGAGCAAGAACAAAAAGAAAAAGUUAAAGAAGAAGGCCAAAAGGCAAAACGAACUGCUCAAAAAGCAAAUGGAACAGAUCAUCGAGUUGGAGGAACAGAAAAAGGUGAAAGAGAACGGUGAUGCUAACGGCGAGGCCAAGCCGAAUUGCAAUGGGACUAAUGUUAGUCCGGAUGUUACUCCCGAUGGUACUGAGGAUAAGAUUUUACCGAAUGGGUGUGGUGAUGAAUUGGGAGGUGGAGAGAGUGGAUCUCCUCCCGUCGAGGGAGCUGGGGAGGCUGUAUCUCAUAUGUCGGAAGACGAUAGUCCUUCAAUUACUUCGAAAAGUGAGAAGGUCGAGUUGGAUCCUGCUUUUGUUGAAUGUGAUUUUGAGGUAAAAAUAGCUGAUUUAGGAAACGCAUGUUGGGUAGAUAAACAUUUUACAGAAGAUAUUCAAACGAGACAAUAUCGUUCGUUAGAAGUUUUAUUAGGAGCCGGUUAUAAUACUUCCGCCGAUAUAUGGAGUACGGCUUGUAUGGCAUUUGAGUUAGCGACGGGCGAUUAUUUAUUCGAACCACAUUCAGGCGAAGAUUACAGUAGAGACGAGGACCAUUUAGCGCAUAUAAUCGAGCUGUUGGGCGAAAUACCGCGACGAAUCACCACGCAGGGUAAAAAUUCGAAAUUGUUCUUUAACAAAAAAUCGGAACUACGCCGAAUCACCGGUUUGAAACCGUGGUGUUUGGAAGACGUUCUCAAUGAAAAAUACGAAUGGAGUAGGAAAGAUGCGGAAGAAUUUGCAGCAUUUUUAAAACCAAUGCUUGAUUUCGAUCCGGAUAAACGCGCUACCGCCGCUCAGUGUCUCCAACAUCCGUGGCUUAGGGGAGAGUGAAAUCAUUUUUGUUUUAUAAUUAUUAUUUUUUUUUAAGGAUGAAAAAAAUUAAAUGAAAAAAGUUUUUCCCCUCC